AUGCAGAUCACUAAGUCGCUCAUCGCAACCACCGUUGCUCUCUACACUUCCGUUGUUCUUGGCGAAUCAGUUCAUAUUGCCUACACCUCCAAUGGCGACUUUUACCAGGAGAAAAUCGAGGCUGAAAAGCUCACAAAAUUAGAGCACCCUGGAGUCUUGACUGACAUCCAAAACACAGCUAACUGUGUUUUGUGGCGCCAUCACCCUAAUCACCCUCCCGACUACCAGGCAAAGAGGGGCUCAAAUCUCGUUAUCCCACCACAGCAGCUUGACUAUAUCUAUUGCUAUGAGCCAAGUGGUGCCUGGGUCAACUACGUGUGGUAA